AAAUGUGAUACAUUUCGCAUCAUUAAGCUGAAAUAGCAGAGGUAGUGCAACUUUAGGGUCCUUAGAUUUUACAGCAGUGACCAGGAAAGUGUCUGAUGUUUUUAACACUAUGCAAGUUUUUUUUUUUUUUUUUUUUUUUACUGAGCUGAGACAGAACCACCUCACCUCUAUCGGAAGCGCAGACAGACCAAUUGCAUCUUGUGUUCGUUUUUCUCUCUUUUAAAAAGAUCGCUAACAGGAUAGAAAACUAGGACUGAAAAUAUAUUUUUUGUUCCAUUUUCCCCGUCUUAUCCAUUACGCUAGUCUCAGUUUUUUUUUUCUUAAUUUUUAACAGGUGCAGUACCUUAUUCUGUUGAGUUGCGGGAUAGUUGCUGUGUUGUUUGCAAGGAUGUCGAGGGACUCUGUUCAAAUCCCGGACGAUUUGGCUUUUAGUAGUUUUAAAAAUGAAUGUAACUCCGAUGAAAGCUGGAAUGUGACUUACAGCAAAUCUGGGACUACCGUGUGGAUUCAGGGAGUGGACGAAGAGCAGUCGUUACACAAAAUAAAGUGCCGGAUGGUGAGUAAGGAUGUUUCCAGUGAUACCAUGUACGACGUCCUCCACGACAUUGAGUACAGGAAGAAAUGGGACAGCAACGUGAUCGAGACCUUCGACAUUGGCAAGCUCACCGUGAACGCGGAUGUUGGAUACUACUCCUGGAAGUGUCCCAAGCCUCUGAAGAACAGGGAUGUGCUCACCUUGCGCUCUUGGCUGCCCAUGGGAGACGAUUACAUCAUCAUGAACUAUUCUGUAAAACACACUAAAUACCCGCCGAAGAAGACCAUGGUCCGUGCAGUUUCAAUUCAGACAGGCUACUUCAUUCAGAGCAACGGACCCAAGAGCUGUACCCUCACUUACUUGGCACAUGUGGACCCUAAAGGCUCAUUACCAAAGUGGGUCGUCAACAAGUCUUCCCAGUUGCUGGCCCCCAAAGCAAUGAAAAAGAUCUACAAGGCGUGCCUCAAGUACCCCGAGUGGAAGCAGAAGCACAACCCGGGUUUCAAGCCCUGGCUGUACCCAGAGCAGAACCGUCUGCAGAGCAUCCCGCUGUCUGAGCUGAGCAUCCAGCACGCCGACUCCCUGGAGAACAUCGACGAGAGCAGCCUGAGCGAGACCAAGGAAGAGCAGGGCGAGGGCAGCGACGAGGAGAGCACCAACUGAGACUUGCACCACCCCCCCACCCCGCCAACACACACACACACACAUACAGAGCCCUAGCCAGAUACACAUAAGAAUAUUCCAACAAAUAGACAGGGCCCUACAUAGUCUAAGGAAUUCAGGAGCCAGGAGCAGGAAAGACUAGUUAAUUACGAUAGUCGUACACAUGUUCCCCCUCUGACACUCCAUAGGUACAAACAUACAGUGGCCCAUAUAGACACGCACACAUUCAGACUCAUACUUGCACACUGUUUUUUUUUAUUGCUGUCCAUUCCAGAUGGCAUGCUCAAAAAUAGGCCAGUCCUGAAACGGUUGGAUGGUAACCCGCUCGCAGACUGAGCCCACACUAGCACAACGAUAACACAGGGACAGGAGCAGCAGUGGGGGCACUAACUGAACACAAACACUGAGACACAUGUAGAGGAGCCCUGCAGGGUUUCAUUGCCAACAGAGCACACUCUUCCCAAUCCUUUAACCACAACUGUGAACACUGCCAGGAGGCUGCUGCUGACGUCUCUCCAAACAACCUGCCACCACAUCGAACUGCUACACAAAGCACCCCCAAAACACUGCUUCUGCUGUCCAUUCUGUUUUGAUGUCUGUUUAGAGCUUGUAAGCGGGAGGGGGAUGGGGAGAAGGCUGCGACUGGGGCUUAUUUGUCAGUGGAAGUUUCUAAGAGCCCCACAGUUUUAAUGUUGAAAGAAAAGUCAAGGUCAGCCUGUCAGUGUCGAAAGAUUUGCAAAUCAUGUUUAAAUUGUGAAAGGCGAUUUAAUAUUUUCUUUUUAUGUUAUUGUUAUUAUUUCUUGUAUGAUCUUAAGUUGACAUUUGUAACAUUCCUAAAAAGACUGUUUAGCUUAGUUGAUAAAUUCUGGAAUCUAGGCAGUAGACAGCUGUGCACAUAGAGAACCCUGAAAAUAUGACUGCUAAUCUAUUUUUCCCCCCUAUGAUUUGGAUUUAAAAUAAAGGGUUUGCACAGA